CUGUUUCGCUGUGGUUUGUGGUGGGGUGGAUGAAACAACUCACCUCCUAGAGAACAAGUUUGAUUAUCUGUUCUUUACAGGGAGCCCGCAGGUCGGGAAGAUCAUGAUGGCUGCCGCAGCGAAGCAUCUGACACCAGUCACACUGGAGCUGGGAGGGAAGAACCCGUGUUAUGUGCACGAUGACUGCGAAGUGAAGAACGCAGGCAGGCGUAUUGCAUGGGCACGCUACUUUAAUGCAGGUCAGACAUGUGUGGCACCAGAUUAUGUCCUCUGCUCGGAGACAAUGAAGGAUAAAUUGCUGACCGCUAUGCAGACGGCCAUCCUGGAGUUCUACGGGGAAGAUCCAAAACAGUCGCCUGACUAUGGGAGGAUCAUCAGUGAGAGGCAUUUCCAGCGGGUGUCUGCGCUGCUGCAAUGCGGGAAACCUGUGAUAGGUGGACAGACGGAUGAAUCUGCAAAGUACAUCGCUCCCACUGUCCUUGUUGAUGUGGACACCUCAGACCCAGUGAUGCAAGAAGAGAUCUUUGGUCCGAUUCUUCCCAUACUCACAGUUUCUAAUGAAGAUGAGGCAAUCGACUUCAUUACCCAAAGAGAGAGUCCACUGGCGGCAUACGUGUUCUCUUCCAGCACACAGCACACAGGUAAGCAUUACAAGGACAUACGUGUUCUCUUCCAGCACACAGGUAAGCAUUACAAGGACAUACGUGUUCUCUUCCAGCACACAGGUAAGCAUUACAAGCACAUACGUGUUCUCUUCCAGCACACAG